ACCUGAUCGCCAAGCACGGCGCGGCGCUGCAGCGCUCGCUCAGCGAGCUCGAGGGCCUGCGCGUGCCCCCGGACGGCGGGGAGAAGGUGAAGGCCGUCAACGAGAGAGCCACCCUCUUUCCGUAUCACCAUCCAAUGCUAUGAUCAACGCGUGUCGGGACUUCCUGGACCUAGCGGAGACCCACAGCAUCAGAUGGCAGCGUGCGCUCCAGUAUGAGCGGGAGCAGAGGAGCCGUCUGGAAGAGACCAUUGAGCAGCUAGCCAAGCAGCACAACAGCCUGGAGAGAGCCUGGAGAGAAGCUCCACCCACAGCCAGCACAGCCAGCGCUCCCGCCCCAGACCAGGCAGGGGGUGACAGGCUGCAGGAAGGCGAGGCGAGUGAUGAAGAUGAGGAUACGGAGUUCUUUGACGCCAUGGAGGACUCCCCCGCUUUCAUCACCGUAACCGCUAGCGACAGCGCGCAGCGCAGGCGUUCGCAGACCAGCCAGAGUGGAGCCGGUGGAGGUCAACCCCACGACUGGAACCAGGACGGCCAUGUGUCGCCAAGCUGCAACAGCCUAUCAGGGAGGAGCUGCAGGGGCAGGAAGAGGCGGAGCCACAUCCCAGACAAGCCCAACUACUCACUGAACCUCUGGAGCAUCAUGAAGAACUGCAUCGGCAAGGAGCUGUCCAAGAUCCCCAUGCCUGUCAACUUCAACGAGCCCCUGUCCAUGCUCCAGCGCCUGACGGAGGACCUGGAGUACCACGAGCUGCUGGACCGGGCAGCGCGCUGCGAGGGCCUGGAGCAGCUGUGUCUGGUGGCAGCCUUCUCCGUGUCGUCCUACUCCACCACGCUGCACCGCACGGCCAAGCCCUUCAACCCUCUGCUGGGGGAGACCUACGAGCUGGACCGCCUGGAGGACCACGGCUACCGCUCGCUGUGUGAGCAGGUGAGCCAUCACCCUCCAGCUGCAGCUCAUCAUGUGAUUUCCCAGCGAGGCUGGACCCUGUGGCAGGAAAUCACCAUCGCCAGCAAGUUCCGCGGAAAAUACCUCUCCAUAAUGCCUCUGGGAGCGAUCCACCUGCAGUUCCACUCCAGUGGGAACCACUACGUGUGGAGGAAGGUCACCUCCACAGUGCACAACAUCAUCGUGGGCAAGCUGUGGAUAGACCAGUCCGGGGAUAUUGAGAUCGUCAACCACAGGACCAAGGAGACGUGUCAGCUCAAAUUCUCCCCCUACAGCUACUUCUCCAGGGAAGUCCCACGCAAGGUGACGGGGGUGGUGUUGGAUGUCGGGGGCCAGGCCCAGUACGUCCUGUCUGGGACGUGGGACGACAAGAUGGAGAGCGCCCGGGUGGUGCAGAGCUCCAGGGCGGGGGGCGCGGGGGCGGAGGGCAGGCAGAAGACUGUGUAUCAGACCCUCGCCCCCAAGCUGCUGUGGAAGAAGUACCCACUACCGGACAACGCUGAGAACAUGUACCACUUCUCGGCGCUGGCCCUCACCCUGAACGAGCCGGAGGAGGGGGUGGGGCUGACCGACAGCAGGCUGAGGCCGGACCAGAGGCUGAUGGAGGCCGGGCGCUGGGACGAGGCCAACGCCGAGAAACAGAAGCUGGAGGAGAGGCAGCGGGCGGUGAGGAGGAGGAGGGAGGCCGAGGCCUCCGACGCUCUGGACGAUGGGAAAGAGUACGAGGGCUACCAGCCACACUGGUUCCACAAGAGGAGGGACUCCAUCACUGGGGAGACAAACUUUGUGUAUAAGGGAGGCUACUGGGAGUCCAAGGACAGUCAGGACUGGAGUAUGUGUCCAGUGAUCUUCUAACUACACAUCGGCAGUCAGAGUCCUCUGUAGACCCCCAGCCCCCCUGCCCCCUCCCCCAGCCCCCCCAGCCCCUCUCUCGGAGGAAGAUUGAAGGCUCUGGACCAUCUUACAGUUUGUGCGGACUUCCUUGUGCAUGGGACUGUGUACCAUGUCACACACAACACCGUACAUCCUCGCUUACACACACACUCACACUGUACACACACACACACAUCCUCCUUGUUUUCUAUCCAGCUGAAGGAUCGAGGGGCUCUCUACACACCCUGCUUGGUGAGGCUGUACUCCAGCUGUGAGUGUGUAACCAUAGAAACAGACCCCUGCCCCCCCCCCCUCCUGCAAGCUUCCAAAACCAGGUGCUCCUCAAAAGUUCCCCACAAUGCACUUUUCUUCUCUGGAUGCCUUGUGUGUCUGAUCAGAUGUGAAUCCCAGUUCCCCCUCCUCAUUGGAACCACAGGCCUGUGUCUGUCACUGCAGAGAUACUGUGUUGUAUUCGAAGGAUGGACAGGAAAGUCUUGAUUAGAUCAUUAGAUGUGUAGUUUCAUCUGUUGGUUUUUAUUCUCUAGGAUUGUAGAAUUGGCCGGAAGGAGCAAGUUCCAGAGAGUGAUCUAGAUCUCUCCCUGGAAAACGAUUCAAGUGCCCUCAGACGUUGUAAGCGAGUUCCGGCGGCAGAGCUAGCGGCGUUCACUUCCUGUCGGCUCCUCCGGCACUUCCUGUCCGCGGCUGAGUCCGACGUCGUCACGGUAACCGAUGACAGCACGUUUCGUCGCCACGGCAACUUUUGUUGUCACAUUAAAUAAAUUAAAAAUAAGUACAAACGUUCGAUCUUCUGACCCUUUUAAAGGCCCUCACGGUUCAUAUAACUGUUAACUGUCCAGGAAGUUACAUAACACAGUCCACACACACUACAUUCUGCAACUGAGCCGUAUGUCCCAUCCGGUCCUGCAUGUUGACAUCCAGACAGACAGACACUCUCAGCCAGAUGAACACUUCCUCAUCUCAGCCAGAGGACUGGGUCUCAUACAGGUGAGCAUCUAGAGUAACAUCCUCAGUCAUAACUAAUCAAGCUGGUGUCCAGACAGGGGUUAGAGGUCAGAAGGUUUCCUGGGUACAGUCUAGGAUCAACGUGUGAUAUAUAUCCAACCUAGGGGACGGAUUCCCCUGGUUAGUGGAGGGGAGGGGGGACUCCCAAGCAAGGCACCACUCUGCAGUUAGACCGCCAGCUACUGAUCCCAGAAAGAGUCCAAGCUCAGGCAUAGCAUCAGUCCACUGCUCCAGAGCAGGGCACAGAGUGAUCCCAGGAAGAGUCCAAGCUCAGGCAUAGCAUCAGUCCUCCAGAGCAGGGCACAGAGUGAUCCCAGGAAGAGUCCAAGCUCAGGCAUAGCAUCAGUCCUCCAGAGCAGGGCACAGAGUGAUCCCAGGAAGAGUCCAAGCUCAGGCAUAGCAUCAGUCCUCCAGAGCAGGGCACAGAGUGAUCCCAGGACAGAUCAUGGAACUCUUUUAAGGACCGAGUAGUAAGGGAAAGGAGGCGCCUGACUUGUGUGUGUGUGGUAGCUUUUGAAAACGUGUAAGUAGGUUUUUAUAAUUGCUGUUAGGAAUGUAGAAUUUUUUGCCAGGUGGUACUGUAUCCGCCUUCUAGAAGUUUGUGUGAAGAUUUUUUUUGUAAUAACAAAAUAAUAACAAAGAAUAAUAAUACAAUUAUACAUUAGAGUGAUCAUAAUAAUAAUAAUCUUAAUGCUAAGUUUGAAUCUGUAUGAAUCUGAAGUUUUACGGACCUGAAAAUAUACUUUCAUUGUACCUCUUUAUCCAAAUUGACCCUGUGUAAGUUUGAUUUCAGAUUCAAUGUUUUAUAUCAAAUGAAACUUACUUACUGAAAAUCUUUUUUUAAUAAAAAGUUCUUGCUAGCUACAAAGGUCGCGUUUUGACAGGUUCCGCUACCUGCUAGCUUCGGAUACACCCUGCUGUGACCCUGAUGUAACUAAUCAGGUUACUGUGGUUGGCGUGCUGUAGAAGAUGAGCUCCGUGCUGUCAUCUUUAUAUCUGAGUUAGAACUGCACGGAAGAGACCGGGGUCUGAGCCGUAGAUCCGAACGACACGCGCUAAUGGUGAAUGUACGAUAUUCUCCCUUAAAAACUAUCUUACGCGGUUUGUUAGUGUUUUUCAGUACAGCGUUCUCAUUUGCUCAUUUAUCAAAACCCGAAGACUAUAAAUAGUCUAGGAAUCGGCGAGUGGAUGUUCCAGGGACAUUUUAAUACAGCAAACUCUUAAUUAACCAAUAUCCAUGCAUCGUUGACUAUCAACAUAUUGAUACUCACAAAGACACCCUUGCAACAAUUUACAAGCACAUGCCUGAGUAGUGCAUAGAGGAAGACUAGUACCUAGCUUGUGACUGAAAAAUAUCAGACAUUAGGGUGGUUUAUUUUUGCUAUUAUUGUAAAUUAGUCGUCAUUGUACUGAUAAUCCUAUACCAUCAUGGGCAGUAUUGCAGGGCGAUAAACGUGGUGUUGAAGCGUGAGGAAACAUAAUAUGGUAACGGUUUAUUUCUCAAUGAUCAACUGUAUGUUUAGAGAUUUACUUUAAUAUAUUGGGUUUGAAAUAGAAUGAUUUUAUAUAUUAAUAUACCUAUAUUUUGAUGGAUGAAUAAUAAUAAAUUAAAAAAGUCAAUCCACUGAACAUCCAAAUAACUUGACCUCUGACCUCUGCUGGCUGGCGCCCUCUAGAGGAGUAGAGAAGGCAAGACGUUGAGAUUGCGAGACGCCGCUAUGGUGAAUGUGAGAUUGAUCUGUAGCAAUAAGAGUGAAGUUAAGACGAUGUGUUCUUUUCUAACUCGUUUGUCUUCUAAACGGAAGGCGGUUUCUGCAGAAAGGGAAUACACCAAGCCAAGUGCGAGAACCUUACUGUACGGAGACUUGAACUGCCUUCCCUAUAAAAGGCUGAUCUAACUUUUUUCCUCUUUUUUUUAUUCGUUUUUUUUCUCUAUCUCUCAUUUCAUCUCACCAAACACUUAAUCAAGCAUGGUUUUAUUUAGCUUUAAAAUGAUCGCUUUUGUAUUUUAUUUUAUUCUCACGAGUGCCAUGGUUAUUCUUUCACGCCUCCUUAAGUGCAUGCACGCUCAAUGACUUCCGUGUACGACCUGCGGUUUCCUUUCAGUCUUUGCUGAUUGGUUCCUCUAAGGCAGGGAUAUGAUGAAGACUUGGGAGGUUAGACCUUCCAUGUCUGAGUUGAACUUUGCUUCUCUGGACUCCUCCGGCCUAGACAACCUCCAGGUACCCUUAGACCAGUUCUGACGGCAGGUGGGGAAGCCGGCCGGGUACCCGUGGUGUUGGACCGGUAGGCCUACCACAUACACACACACACAAACACACUCACAAGUACCUUUGUUCAGGUGUAACUGCAGCUUCUCCAACGGAAGCUGUACUUCUUUUAUAGUUGUUUUCUCUCCCUUAAUUUAUAUGUAUGUAUGUAACAUUGUCUUCAAAAGCAAGACGUAAUGACACAAAAUAAAUAAUAAAGUUGUUUCUGUUAACUGGA